UCUCUGACAGAUGGGUGGGCUAAAAUGAUGCCAGCAAAGAAGAGGUAGUAGCCAAGAAGUUCUGUGGCCAUUAUUGUUGUGAAGCUAACCUGAGUGUGAGGAGCAGCAGCAGUUACAUCAGCCUCAGGGUCCAUUCAGACUAGUUUAUUAUGCUUCCAUAUAGAUGAAUUUCCAUUCUCAAUACUCAGAGAUUUCUGUAAUGCACUGCAGGGCAUUCAAAGGCUGGGUUGCAGCAAAUAAAUUCACUGCUGAAAUUACACUACCUGCUCCAGUGAUUAAUAAUUCCUGACAUUCAGAGCACACCACCCUAAGAGCUCUAAAUCUUCAUGACAGUGGGGCUCUGGACAGAUGGAACUAAGGCCAUUGCAUCUAUGUAAUUGCCUUAACAACCAAUUUGUAAUCACCUCAAAGAAUAAAUCAGGUUUGUGUGGCAUGACCUAUUUUAUGUAACACCAUCUUGACUGGCAUUAUGUUCUCAUCUGUUAAUUCUUUAUUGCUCAAAUCCUGUAUCAACUUUCUGUUAUUUUACCUGAUUUAUCAGGGAUAGAUGUCAGGCUUCCUUGUGGAGAGUUACCUGGGUCAGCAUUCUCUCUUUAAAUAUUGCCAUAAUAUUAGCACUUAAUGUUUUGAAAUUUCCUCAGUGGUGCAAACUUCUUGAAAUCAGCAUUAGCCACUUAAUGGGGUUCAUUUAAAAAUAUUUAUUCUUUAUACAAUUUAUUUAGUAUAUUUUGUUGCAAACGUGGAUGUUGGUUGUUCAGUCACUCCGUUUUCAAAUGCACAUGUUCUUACUGAAGACUUUGCACUUCCUCUGCACCAACAGCUUGUCUUUGUCUAGCAAUGGCCCUGGAUGUGCCUGUUGGCCUGACAGAAGUUGGUUUCCUAAUCUCCAGCAUCCCAUGCAAGUUUUCUGCAUCUUCUCACGUCUAACAGUGGUUGUUGUUUGUUUUCCUUUUUUUCAUUGCUAGUUUUUAGUGUUGCAUUCCCUUUUUCAUCUUCACUGUGACAGACUUUCAAGCAUUGUUAUACUUUCUUUGCUAUUGCUGUUUGCAGACAUUUCCGUAAACCUUGUUAAAGCAAAUCCUUUUUUCUCCUAAUCUGAACCUCCCCAGUUACACCCAAUUGUCUCAAAUCAGAGGAAUUAGCACUUUGAAGCAGCAAAAGAUUUACAUAUGCCUUCAUACUGUGAUCUGACCUCUGCCUAGAUUCUGAAGGGAUAUGUGGAAGACAUGUUAAACCUGGAUGUAGGGUCUUCCUGUCGUGACCAGUGUCUCCAAAUGCCUAAAGCACUGCUUGUAAACCACUGUGGAAUUUUUAGAGAAGAAUCAGCUGCACCUACCUCAGCUGUGCUGCAAGGGCUGCACACUUUGUUCCUGCUUUAAGAAUGCCAGUUUUUAUUCUUAUUUGGGGCAGUUUUUGUCCUCUCCAGGAUUAUGUUUUGUGAAUUAUUUCCUUUUCCUUUCAGGAUUCCUUUAAAAUACUCUUUAAGAUUUCCAAGAAUGAACAUUCUUUUCUCUGAUUAAAGUUUUAAACAACCAAACCCAUAUGUAUUUAUGUCAUGUAUACAUGUAUAUGUAAUGUGUAUAUAUGUAUACCUGUUAUCUACACAAGUGUAUGUAUGUGUAUACUCAUAUAACCUGCAUGUUUAACUGCAUUUUAAAUAUGUCAGAAAACAUAGAGUUAAAUAAUGUAUGGGAGUUGUAGCAAAAUAAGUGUUACACUUGCAUUGCAAAGUGUGGAUGGACAGAUGUUACUGAGAGUACAAUUAAUACUCUGCUCAUGUUCUUAAGCCACAAAGAGUUACAUUUAAUUCCUAAGAAGUUAUAUGGUAGAAAUUAACCCAGAAGUAGAAACUCCAUGAAAACAGAAAGCAUUUGGCUUGUCUUAAUGGAACAAGAACUCUGUCAUGUUAUCCAAAAAAGGAGAGUUAUUCCAGGACCCAAAGUCGUGUGCAGCAGUCCAAAACCUCAGGAAAAGGAGCCAAUGUUAUUCAGGAAUUAGCUAAACACCAAUAGGGACCAUGUUUACCAGCUCAAACUCAACUCUAUCAUAUUGCUUAUGGCUACAUAAAUCAGGAAUGUGGUUGACCUGCAUUAAGAUAUGUAUCAGUUCCAGGUCCAAGUGGCAGGUAGUUGAUUUACGGAAGGGAGAUGUUAGCAGAGCUGCAGUGAAUAAGCACAGGAAGAAGGCUGCUCAGACUGAUGAAGCAGCAUAGGUCAGUGGCUUUGUCAAACUUCUCUUACUUUUCUUUCUCUCAGGUUUUCCACACACAAAAUCCUAAAAAUAAGUGCUUUCCCCCAUGUGUGGACAUCUCAGUUUCACUACUGUUAGUGAAGUAUUUUGCUUCUCAUUGUGCUACACAAGUGGUUUCUUCAAAGCUUCUCCCCCAUCAAUUGCUAUUCCAGAGCAAAUCGCUUUGUUACCUACCAUUUGCUCCAUAUAUUAGAGGCCAGAUAAUUUCUCUGUGUGUUUUGUUUCAUUAGAUAAGUGAGGCUGCACCAAACCCACCCCACUGAGUACAAAUGCUCUGAGAUUUGUUACUCUGUGUGUAGUGCUGCUCUGGCAGUGGUACCUGCCUGGUAACCAGUGCACACGGUGAGCCACACUUCCUUAAAUUUCCACAAAACACAGGUGUAGAAUUAGUCCUGUGUAAUUCAGGAUGACUCCAUUUCCAUGCCACCCUUCCUGUCGUGAUGUUGCUGUCCUAUGUAGCGAUUAAAUUCAUCAAACAUAACUUAUUUUAAGCAGUGGCCAGUUUAAAAGCCUGAUGAGAGAAUGACUGUUAAAAUAAUUAGAUUUCCAUCUCCAGUUUCCAGGUUAGGAUAUUACGGAGACAUUUGUUCCUAUCACAUUUGCUUUGUGGUUCAGUAUGAAUUUUCAAUAGAUGACUUUGCGAUAAGAAAGCAGCAAUUCAGAUGCAGUUAUAUAAACAGUAAGAUCAGCCUGGAAUUAGCCUGGGGAGUAUAAAGCACACACGGAUCUGGUGCUGGGUCACUGCUUCUCCCAGCUCAAGGCAGAAUCAGGUUCCUGUAUUAGGGAAGAAUUCAGCUGACAAGAGGUUGGUCUUUCCAGACUUGCAGCUACAGGGUAAACCAGACUGUGGAACGAAUGGCUUUUGCAAUGGGAAACUGGUAGCUGGAAGAGACUAGAGGGUGAUGUCCAUGUGUUUGUUCACACUGUCAUUUAAAGGCUGUAAUUUGGAGGAUGUAGGGUAGACCCUGGAGUUGUGUUGGAGCUAAGCAAAGCUUUGUUGUCGGGAUCCCCCCACAGGUAUGAGGAGUGAGGUCAGCACAACAGCGGGGAUAUGUUGAAUUGAACUCUUUGCUGAUGUUCUUUAUUGUAAUUUGCUUGAAUCUAUUAUUUAACUCUUGGCAGUGUUCCCAUCUCUUCAUGCCUCUGAGCCAACUGGGAGGUGCACAAUGCCUGCUAUGCACAGCUGCUUCUUUUCUCUCUUGCACAUUUUAUAAGAUGCUUUCUUUAGAAAAUUAUUUUUAACCCACAAGGUUAUUUUGGUAUCUCUGGUUAAUCCUGGAGCUCAUGUUCUCUCACAUGGCACAUUUUAAAAUCCUUUAGCUCCUGUUAUUUUCUGUAUCGGCAUUUUAUCACUCGUGAGUGAAGUUUCAUGUAAUAUGCUUUAGUGGGGGAGGGAAGUGAGUUUAUUGUAUGUCAGUGAUGGCCUGUUUAUCCUUUUUUGGCCAAUGGUUAGUACUGUUUCCAUUAAAGGUCUGAGAUGGGAAAGAUGUCAGGCUGCAGCUAAAAAAGUGGAGAUUACUUCUAGUCUACGACUGUCAUAACUGUUCUUGUCAAUUCUGAGAGGAGGGCUGGAAGGUACAUCUAAUUCUACUGACACUUUGCUUUGUUUGUCUGUUUCCCCCCAUCCAGCAUGAGUCCCUUCUUCGUGAUGUCUCUCCUCUUUGGCCUGACUGUUUGUCAAACAGCAUCACUUUGUGCUCCUUCAGAGUAUAUAAUCCAUGUGGAGAAAAGGGAAUGUGCCUACUGCCUGGCCAUCAACACCACCAUCUGUGCCGGAUUCUGCAUGACUCGGGACAGCAAUGGCAAGAAGCUGCUACUCAAAAGCGCUCUGUCCCAGAACGUUUGCACAUAUAAAGAGAUGCUGUAUAAAACAGCACUGAUUCCAGGCUGUCCUCAUCACACCAUCCCUUAUUACUCCUACCCUGUGGCUGUGAGCUGCAAGUGUGGUAAAUGUAACACUGACUAUAGUGACUGUGUUAAUGAGAAGGUUAGGACAAACUACUGCACUAAACCACAGAAGCUCUGUAACAUGUAAGUCUCCAACAGAAUGUAGUCAGAAUGUACCUCUGCUUACAACUAAACGUAAAUAAAAGUGUAUUUCAUAA